AACACCUCCCUCUCCGGAACAGACCAAUAUCACCGGGUAUCCAGAGCCAGUGAACCCAAUCAGAAAGACGUGCGAAGAUUGCAGGAUGCCUGGGGCAAACGAUUAAAUUUGAUAAUAUUCUUUCCUGAAAUGAGGCGUAUAACGCUUAAAAUGGUUCAAGAAACAAAAUUGGAAAGGUUUAGAAUUUGGGCAAUGAUCUUGAGACGUAAGAACCUAAGAAACAAAUCCCCAAAAAGUAAGGUAUUGCAAAAUGUUCAUGUUCCCACAAAGAAAUAUCUAAAUAAGACAAAGCAUUCUAAAAAGCAGAAGAAAUCUAUAGACAAUGUGACACACUUAUCACAGUUAAAUAAGCACAAUGAAACAUCUUCCAGAUCUGAUUCUUCAUUCCAAGAGUCAGUACGAUUGACAAGAAGUAGUACUAGUUCAGGAAGUAUUUUUAAAAGUAAGGAAGCAUCAAAAAAUUCUGCAUCUAGUAAAGGUGGUUUUCAUUCCUCUUCUGUCGAUGAUGGCGACUUAUCUUGCCGUAAGAUUAGAUUAAGGAGUUCAGUAAAUGUGUCUGAAUUUGCUUCAAAAUUAAGGAAGAAAAAUGAAAACUUGCCUGAAAAAUCUAGAACCAAAAUUUCUUCUCAACAUUUAGCAGCUAAAAGGAAGAAAGCAAAACCUUAUGACAAAGCUAAACAUUCUCAAAAAACUACUAUACAAUCCCAAAAUUCAGAAAAGAAUAAGAGCUGUAGAAACAAAAGAAAUUUUUUCAAAAAAGCUGUUGAUUCCACUUCCUGCCUUGAUGGUAUGUAUUUUAGGUCUGUUCCUAUUGAUGAUUUUUUCAUAACUGAUUGUCGAGCUAGAUUGAGAUCAUCAAGUUCAUCACGCAGAAGCAUUUUAAUUGAAGAGGAAAAUAAUGAAAAGUAUCAUCAAUCUGCCAGCGCAAAAGUUUCUAAAAUGAAGUUAGCAAAUAAAAAACUUGUUUCUCCUAAAAAACCUUCUAAAGUUAAAUCCACUCAGAAAAAUGGAUUAAAAAAGAUAGAAAAUUUUAAAGAUAAAAAGAAAAGAAUUCAAGUAACAAAUGAUAGCUCUGACAAACUUUCUGCCAACAAUAAAAAAAGUUCUAUUCUUCCUUCAGUGUUCGCUGAAAUGGAUGAUUUAAUUUUGAAUACUUCCAUCUUAUAUGAAUCUGAAGAUUCAAGCUAUGAACUGCGAAAAAAGAGUAAAAAAGAUUUGCAACUUCAAGCCAGGAGAAGCACAAGAGUCAGUAAAAGAUUGAGUCCAAGUGAUGUUAAGGACGAUUCAACCAUGAAUUUAAAUAACCUUGGAAGGAAGAGGAAAGAAUCAGCUAAGUGCUAUACUAAAAAGACUGAGAAAAUUAAAGUUAACAAUAAAAAAACAGUGAAUGCAACUGGCCACCAAGGGUCUGUCAAAGAAAAUGUAAAACAAACAAGACUGACUGUGUCUAGUAGAAAAAUAACUGAUAUUAACAGUUUUUCAUCCCCUUUAUCAGCAACAGUUCUAUCUAAAUCACUUCCGAACAAGUUUUGCUACCGCUUGAAUUCUAUUCCUGUUGAUGAUCUUACUGUAACUGCACUUUCUACUCCUCCUACCAUUGAAAGAUUAUUUGCAUCUAAUUUGGCUAAAAGACCGAGUGUUUCAUCAACUCCACUUUUAAUUAAAAAAAGUUCAUCUAGGGUUGACAUUGUCAGAAAAUCAUUACCAGGUAAAGGAUCCUUGAAACGUAAGCGGUGGGUAAUGAACUCAUUGAAAGGACUGAAUGAAGGAUAUGAAGAUGAUCUUUUUGAGAAUCGUGAAAUCCAAGUACCUUCUCUGUUAGACGAUUCAGACAUGUCUGAUAUAAGCAUUGCAACUCCAAAAUGUGCGUACUUGGUAUCUCCUAAUCUCCCUGUAAAAACUCCUCAUUUCAAAGAUUGCUAUAGUCCUACUCAACUUUUCAACUCUAGGAAAGUUGCUGAAGAAUAUAUGCACAGGCGUAAUAAAAAUAGAAAAAAAAAUUCAACAGGAGAAGUUGCAGUCUCUGCAGGGAAGAAAACCAGCCCAUCUAAAAAUAAUAUAAAUGUUUCUUCUGAAGCAAAAAGAUCGAAAUUACUGGAGUUAGUUGAUACUCUUAAUAUGAGACAAAAUUCAAUAGAAUUGAAUGAGGACAAUGAGGAAGACGACUAUUUUAAUGAUAUUUCAUUUUGAAACCACUGUUUUAGCAGAACAUUUUGUCCAUGGCUUUAAAAUGUUUUUCAAUCUAAAUUCUUUUUCUAUGUUUCAUUAACAUAUUCAAUGUUUCCAUAUCACUUUGUGUAAUGACUCAAUAAAUUUCAUAAAGGACUUCCUUGAACUUGUAUUAUAAUUUAUUUUCUCUCUUUAUUAAAAUUCUUUCUGGUAUCAAUAUGAUUUUCUGAAAUAAUUCUUUUUUUCAUUUCUUAUUUAUAAGCAUGUUUAAAAUAACUUUGAAAAAAUACAUUUUUCUUUUUUUUUUAAUGCAAAUUUUUAAUAAGUUGAAUAAUAUCAAUUCUGUUCUGAGCAAACUAGUUCUGUUCUGAGCUUUUCAAAGUAAUUAUAAUGAGUAUUUUUGGACAAUCUUAAGUUUUUUUAAAAAAGAAUUUCUCUGAUUUCAUUUGAUUUAAGUUGUCUGGGUUAUUUAUUUAAAUAAAAUAUUUUAGUUCUUAAUUUAUUUGAUUAAAUGUUCAUGAAAUUUUCAUUCAUUUAAUUGUUAAUGAAAUAUUUUUGAUGUUAAAGUUUUGUGUUUUGAAAAUUAACUAAGAACUUUUUUUAUUAAAAUAAAUGGUGGCAAGACUAAGACCAAUGGAAAAACUUCCAUUGUAUCUGUGUUACUAAAAAUGAUGUGAAAAGUUACGAGAACUACAUCUAGAUUUAAAAGCUGUUUAAAUAAUUUUUCAAUGAACUAAAGUGAAAGUUUAGUUAAAUAGAGUUGCCAACUGUUUGUUGUAAAGUUGUCAAUAAAGCAUUUUAAUUGUAAAGAUUUUUUCAAAACAUAUACUAAUAAGCAAAGUACUCCUUAUUUUAACAGCUAAUUUUUUAAUUUUUUUUAAAUGAUUGUAAGUAAUUAAUAAAAGUAAUUAUUAGUUUAAUUAUCUUUAAAUAUAUCUCCUUUUCUGUUUUAAAUUUGUUUUCAACAUCUUAAAUUGGUACACCAAAAUUAUGAUUUGAUGAAUAUGUCUAAUAAUUUAUGUUUGUAUUUCAAGAAAGUAUUGAAAUGUCUUUGCUCUGUAAAACUACAUGUUCAACUUUCAAAUCCAAUUUCAGUCUUUAUUCUGUUUCACAGAUUGAGCUCAUUAAUAUAUCAGGGCUCUUAAUUGUAUUAAUAUUUCUGAGGAAAAAAAAGUGUCCUUUUUUAUCCUGAUUUUGCGGGCAUGUUCAGAUCAUAUCAUUUUCUAUCAAUAUAAAAAUUGAUGGGAAAAAUCAAAAGAUUUGAAUUUUUAUUCCAACAUCUUUUUAACUGCCGCUUAUUGGUAUGAGAGAAUAAUUAUUAAUUUGUAAUGUUUUUUUUUUUAAUGCAGCAAUUUAUAAAAUUUUUGCUAUGUAACUAUUAUUUGCUGUUCCUUGUUCUAUUAAUAAAAUUAUGUUGAAAAACAAUGUUCUGCUCUAAACAGUGUAAUUUUGUAAUUGAAUAUAGUAUGUUUUAUUAUUUUUUCCAAGAAAAUUUGCCUUUAUUGUACUUAAUUAUGCUUUUUUUGAAGUUUUUUUUUCUCCUUUUCCAUCCUUAAGUGGGAUGAUAUGCAGUGGAACCCGCUUACGAAGUUUUUCAAGGGAGUGGAAAGAAAUGACUUAUUAAACUGGAAAACUUCUUAAACGGUGAAGUUUAAAAACACACAAAUUCAAAACUAAAAAUUUUUGUAACUUAUAUUACAGGAUCAGCAUAAUGGAAUAAAUAUUUAAUUUUACUAUUCAUUUAGACAAAAAUUGCUUAUAAAUAAAAGCAAAGUUACCUACCUUAUUUUUUAUUUUAUAUAAUGUUACACAGAGGAUUUACACAGACAUGCACAAUUUUUACAUUUGUUGAUAAGAUUUUUGCUAGAAAAAAUCGUGUAAAGUGGUUUGUUUUUGUUUCUUCUCACCGUCCUUUAACUGAAAAUUGUCCAACUACUGUAAAUAUUUGAACAUUUCUGGGGGCACAUUUUUAACACAGUAAAUUGUUUUUUGUUAAUUUUGCAUAGUUCAGGUACCUGUUUUUGUGACAGAAAGUUAAAACUAGAUAAGGUAUUUUAAAGUUAAAAAAAAAGAAGAAAAUUAAAAGCACGCGGAAACUUCUUAAACGGGAAAAGACCUUUUUAUAAAGAUAAACUUAACAUUAUGGUAUUUUUUUCUUAAACAACUUCUUAGGUGGGAAAACUUUUUAAAUGUGUUCCUCUGUAUACUAUAAUGGUACAUGUAUCUGUGAAACUUGAUCUAUAAUUAAGUAAUGUUAAGUAAUGAUGUAAAAUGUUAUAUACAAGUAUACCUGUAUUGAUUGAUCUAAUAACUCUUGAAAAUAUCAUCUGAAUUACCUAUUCAAUAUUUUUUUAAGUUUAAAAAAAUACUUUUUUUCUUAUAAAUUAAAAAGAAGUUUGAUUUAAAUCCAAAAAGUCUGAUUUAAAUUAACUAGAUUUUUUAUGUAUUUUUUUCUUUUAGAAAAACAAAAAAACAUGAAACCCUAUUAUUCUAACAUUUUUAUUUUCCUUGACAUAAUUAAAUCUCGUUCCUUUAGCAAAUGUUUUAUUCAUGUAAAAUUUUUUUUAGUUCAGUGAACAAAAAUGUGCGAAUGGUUUACCCAAUUGUAUGGUGAAUGAUUUGUCCCUAACCACUGAAAUAAAUUUUUUUUUAUUUUUAAAGUUCAAGCUUUAAGGUUGUUGAAGUCAUUAAGAAAACUCCAAUGUUAGAAUUAAAAAAGCAGUCUGAACAAGAACUUUAAAAAAUGUUUCUGAAACUUUUUAAUUUAAUUACAAAAAUACAUUAUGGCAGGUUGAAGUUACUUUAAAACACAUUAAAUGAGCGUGAUAUUUACAUUAUUUUUCAGGAGUUGUAAGAUUAAUCCACACAUUUUCUAUCCUGAGUUUGGUACUAAAAGCGGAUAACUCAAUAUUUUUCAAUUUUGAGUUAUGCAUACUGUUUUACAAUUAAGUAUUCUCAUUGUAUGUUUGAAAUGUUACAACUAGAUAAUUUUGCAUCUAACCAGGUAUAGAAACUCAGUUAAAAGUGUUAGAACAAAAAUAUUUCUUUUAAUGUAACCAAAUAUCAAGUAAGAGCAUUAAUUUUUAUUAAAACAGAUUGUAAAGUUAACCAAUAUAUAUUAUAUUUAAUUUAUUGUCAAGAGAGUCAUUUUCAAUGACCAGUAAAACAAGGAAAGUGUAACAAAAAAUGUUUACACUAUCAACAGUUCUGAAAACUUUUAAAUUUCAUGAAAAAUAUGGUUUAUGAUGGUUAGAACAUAAAAGAUUAAUCAGAACACAAAAA